GUGACAUCGGUACACAGCAGUUCAGCGAGCAGCUGCCUGCCUCAUCAGCAACAACAGUUUGACGCCUGGAAAGUCACCGCGGCAAAAGAGGGGAGGUCGGCGGGAUGAGGCGGAGGGGUACACCCAGUCUCCUGGGAGCCUGGGACUACUUGCGAACUGGGCUGCCGCACUGCAAAUCCGUUGCGAGCGAACGGCACAAACAGAAGGGAAACUCGUAUCAGACGUGUGAGGUCCCAUUCUGCGGCAUACUCCACCCCGACAUCAUCCCGCUGGUGAAGGCUGAGACUCGACCUGGUGCUCGCUCCUCUUCUUCUUCAAAUGGAGUGCGCCUGUCGUACAACAACCCGCGCCCGAAGGACGUUGGCAGCAGCAAGCACUCCGCUGGCGAUGGAAUAUACGACAUCGCCUUGGCCGACAAGGUGGUCAUGCGUACUGCACCCAGUUGUUUCUUCGGGGGAGGUAUGGCGUCGGGUGACGAGAGCGCCGUACCGGGAGCGUCCAGGGACACUCCGGGUGCCAUUUACGACCCCAACAUCGGCGGAAGCAGCGCCCCGGCACCGACGACCCUGUUCUCGCCGGCCAGCCGAUUCCCGGUCGGCCAAAAAGUGUUCGAUACUCUGGGCCCGGGACAGUACUACAACCCGGCGGGGGCGGGGGCGUCAGCUUGCCGACCGGCAGGGUCUGGAGUUGUGGCAUGGACCGGCAUCGACACGUUCGCAGACUCCGAGUGGAGCAAAUCGGUGCCUCCGCCACGCCUUCGCCCCUGGCAAGGCUUCGGAAACGGCUGCAGCGUGCAAGAGCACAUCGACUACGGGGCCUGUCUCGAUGGCCGCUGCUGCAGCCGUCAUUCCAUCGAGAAAAAAAACGCUCUCCUGGUGGUGCAGUUCUUAGACGGACAGCGACAUCGGCGAUCGCCGCAGUCGCCGGAACCGGUGCACGAAGACGCUUCUCCUUCGUCGAGGUCACCGGCCACCCACAACGAAGACGGCACACCCUUGAGCUUUUCGUCUGCGGGCGUCGGUGGCGGGGGAGGCGAACUAGCUGUUGGGUCCGGGGCGGCGAGGGCCGCCGUGCGGAAGAGAACGCCGCUUCACUUUGCGUCAGAGAGGGGGGAACUGUCCCUCGUCGACAGACUGUGCUUUCAGGGAGACGAUCGAAAUGCCGUGGAUGAGCGCGGCUUCACACCCCUUCACGACGCUGCGGAGCACGGGAACACAAGAGUCGUUAGCCGGCUCCUCCAAGGGGAUGAUGAGAAUGAGGUACAGCCAGCCGGGGGAGAAACCGCUCCCAGAGGCGCCGCGCCCACACGGCCUCGUCAAGUUCCCGCCGAUCCGAACGUCCAAGAUGACAAGGGGAGAACGCCUUUGUAUCUCGCAUGCCAUCGCGGACACGAAAGAGCGGUUCGGGCGCUCCUUAAGGCUGGAGCGUGCCCAGACCUGGUGGAUAUCCGCGGGAAGCCUGCUCAGGAAGUAGCAGGCGCGCAGAAUAUAUACCAACUCCUCCAGUUCAAGGCCGAUGUGUCGCUCGUCAAAGCCAACAUUGCUGCCCUCGAAGGGCGACAGCGGAACGAGGAGCGACAACGGAAAAAGGUUGCCCAGGCGGCGGCGCUGAAGGAGCUCGCGGAGCUAAAGGAGGAAGAGCUGCGGCUGAAAGCCGCGGUGAGCGCGCUAGAGAACAAACGGGAAGCGUACGCUGCGGCAGCGAAUGCGCGUUUGUGUUGACGCUGGGCGCGAGUGCGUGGAUGUUUUCAUCUGCUUUACAAGGGGAGAUUAUGGGAACAAUGACGAGGUUAGCGUAUUGUUAAGUUCGGUGAUAGCUGUGCUUGAGGGGUUCCGAGAGGAGUUUGCUCUUCAUGUAUUCUUAGAUGGGUUGUUGACCCCUACGUGUAUGUGAAACGCUGGAGAGGAACGUAAGAAAUGAAGCCGAAAAUUGUCGCAAACCACCCCGACUGUUGCUUGGUGAAGCGGAAAAACUGAUGCUCUGAGUGUCGACUCUUGGAUCCGCCAGUAUAGGAGUGUAGCAUUUUAGGACGUAGAUCAAGGCGAUUCAGCAGUACAUAGGUAAGUAUCCAUUCAAGGAAUAAGAUGGAAAGAUACCCUGUUGAGCAGAUACUCCAGUGUUCAUAUUCAUACUUCGUGGAUAGGACUUUCCUAAGGUCGGAGGCACACGUCAGGCGACUCAACAACACGGGGAAGCGAAUCGAAGCGAAGCACAGCCGCUGUAACAAGCAGGAACAUCUUGC